UUGACAGCACUAUUUAUUAAAGAGACUAUUUAUUCCCUAUUUAAUGGUCCUUGACCCUUUGUCAAAGAUCAGCUGUCCAUAGGUGGAUGGAUUACUUCUGGGUUCUCAAUUCUGUUCCAUUGGCCUUUGUGUUUGUCAUUGUACCAGUACCACACUAUUUUGACUACCGUGGCUGUAUAGCAGGUUCCGAGAUUGGGAAGUAUAGCAGGUUCCAAGAUUGGGAAGUUUGAGGCUUCCUAUUGUCUUCUUCUUCUUUAAUAAUACUUACUUAUCCGGGGCCUCUUUCCUUUCCAUAUAAAGUUGGUGAUUUGUUUUUCCAUCUUGUUAAAGAAUGUUGUUGGAAUUUGAAUCACCUGUUUUUUUAAAAUAGAAAAUCUCAUUGGUCUGUGGACAUACCUUGAACACUUGGUCUGUCUCUGGAUAGAAAAAAGGAUAUGAGAAAUAACACACAAAUAUAGAAAGGGAAAAAUAAUGCCAAAGUGAAGAGAGUGUUUUUUCUUGAAUUGUUUGAGAGAAUGUUCACAUGAAUAGCAGGAAUUUUUUACCACUUUUUGUGUUUUUUAUGCAUAGGCGUGGCUUCCCUCCAUUUUUGCCUAACUCUGAUGUCAACUUUUGUCGAACAUUCCUGAUCUUUACUAUGGUAAUGAUGUUGGGUCAUUUAAAUUAUGCAUGUAGUAUGGUUACUUGAGAUGUGUCUUCUUCUCUAUUAGAUUCUAAAAGCAGACACUGUAUGUUUCAUUAAUGUUUGUUUUCCUUAAGGUCCUAUCACAAUUCAUAUGAAAUGAGUGAAUGGAUGAGUAUGUGAUCAGAAGAGAUUCUGUAUAAGACAAUAUUACUGGGUUGGUAUGCAACUGUGUUUGUAAUUCUAUAAGGAACAAAGUAAGGGUUAUACAGUGAAAGAUCUACUUUUGUCAGAGAGGAAAAAAGAAAGAAUUAAGAAAAAAGAGUCUCAAAAUUCUAACUACUAAUGAACAGGAGAAUAUAUACAUUAUGCAUUGGGAGUAUAGCUGAGGUCAAAGUUGAUUUUUGCAAGAAGGAGGAUGUUAGCUUAAAGAAAAUAUGUAUGAAGAUCAUAUAUGCUUUACAGUUAUUGCAUUUUGGGAAAUAUUAAGCUCUGAAAUGCUAUGAACUAUCUAUAAGUUCUAUACUUAGGUUUAUAGAAAGAAACUUUAUCGUAAAAAUGAAUAAGAAAGGGUGACUCAGUAUUUUUAACAUUUUCAUCAUUAAACAUUUAUGAUGUCUCAACUUAUAGUUUUACAGGUACCUACAGAAUAUUGAACCUACAGAUCCAAGAUCCUUAAGACUUUAUCACCUUUAUCAAGGAUUUAUUUGAUAUCCUCCUUGGUCUUAAUAUCAAGUAACAGUUUUUUUUAAAAAAAUUGACGUAUUUUCCCUAACGGGAUUUAAAAAAUACUACUACUCAGACUUUCCAAUGCCUAAGAAUAGCAAGGUGGUAAAAAGAGAAUUAGAUGAUGAGGUUAUCGAAUCUGUCAAAGACCUUCUUUCAAACGAAGACUCAGCUGAAGAUGCUUUUAAGAAGAGUGAACUGAUUGUUGAUGUUCAAGAAGAGAAAGAUACAGAUGUUGAAGAAGGAUCUGAAGUUGAAGAUGAAAGACCAGCUUGGAACAAUAAACUACAAUACAUCCUGGCACAAGUUGGAUUUUCUGUAGGUUUAGGGAAUGUGUGGCGAUUCCCAUACCUAUGUCAGAAGAAUGGAGGUGGUGCAUAUCUUUUGCCAUAUUUUAUACUGCUUAUGGUAAUAGGUAUUCCUCUUUUUUUCCUGGAACUUUCUGUGGGUCAAAGAAUUCGACGAGGCAGCAUUGGCGUGUGGAAUUACAUAAGCCCUAAACUGGGCGGGAUUGGAUUUGCCAGUUGUGUAGUAAGUUUCCUGGUGUGCUUUUUUGUGGCUCUCUACUACAAUGUCAUCAUUGGCUGGAGUUUGUUUUAUUUUUCUCAGUCUUUUCAGCAACCUCUACCUUGGGAUCAGUGUCCUUUGGUGAAAAAUGCUUCACAUACUUUUGUGGAGCCUGAAUGUGAAAAAAGUUCCGCCACCACCUAUUAUUGGUACAGAGAAGCACUGAAUAUUUCCAGUUCCAUGUCUGAAAGUGGGGGCUUAAACUGGAAGAUGACCAUCUGCUUGCUGGCUGCCUGGGUCAUAGUUUGCUUGGCUAUGAUCAAAGGCAUUCAGUCUUCUGGAAAAAUCAUGUAUUUUAGUUCUCUUUUCCCAUAUGUGGUACUUAUAUGCUUCCUAAUCAGAGCACUCCUUUUAAAUGGUUCCAUUGAUGGCAUCCGCCACAUGUUUACCCCUAAGCUGGAAAUAAUGCUGGAGCCCAAGGUCUGGAGAGAAGCUGCUACUCAGGUGUUCUUUGCAUUAGGUCUGGGAUUUGGUGGCGUAAUUGCCUUUUCAAGCUACAACAAGAGAGACAACAACUGCCACUUUGAUGCUGUCUUGGUGUCCUUCAUCAAUUUUUUCACUUCUGUCCUGGCAACAUUGGUGGUGUUUGCAGUUCUGGGCUUCAAAGCAAAUGUCAUAAAUGAGAAAUGCAUUGCACAAAAUUCGGAGGUGAUCAUGAAAUUUUUGAAAAUGGGCAACAUUAGUCAGGAUAUUAUUCCUCAUCAUAUCAACUUUUCAGCUGUUACUGCAGAGGAUUAUCAUUUAGUUUAUGACAUCAUUCAAAAAGUGAAAGAAGAAGAGUUUCCUGCUCUUCAUCUCAAUUCCUGUCACAUUGAAGAUGAGCUAAAUAAAGCUGUUCAGGGGACUGGCUUAGCUUUUAUUGCCUUUACAGAAGCAAUGACACAUUUCCCUGCAUCUCCCUUCUGGUCAGUGAUGUUCUUCCUCAUGCUGGUAAAUCUAGGGCUUGGCAGCAUGUUUGGAACCAUCGAAGGGAUCAUCACACCUGUUGUGGACACUUUCAAAGUCAGGAAAGAAAUUCUUACUGUUAUCUGUUGUCUUCUGGCAUUUUGUAUUGGCCUGAUAUUUGUGCAACGCUCAGGAAAUUACUUCAUUACAAUGUUUGAUGAUUAUUCUGCUACCCUGCCUCUGCUAAUUGUAGUCAUUUUGGAGAAUAUUGCUGUAUCCUUUAUUUAUGGCAUAGAUAAGUUUAUGGAAGACCUAAAGGAUAUGCUGGGCUUUGCUCCCAAGAGAUAUUACUACUAUAUGUGGAAAUAUCUUUCUCCUCUAAUGCUGUUAUCAUUGCUAAUAGCUAGCAUUGUGAAUAUGGGGUUAAGUCCUCCUGGCUAUAAUGCAUGGAUUGAAGAUAAGGCAUCUGAAGAAUUUCUGAGCUAUCCACUGUGGGGAAUGGUUGUCUGUAUUUUGCUGAUGGUCCUGGCGAUACUCCCUGUCCCAGUGGUCUUCAUCAUUCGUCGCUGCAACCUCAUAGAUGAUAGUUCUGGUAAUUUAGCAUCCGUGACCUAUAAGAGGGGAAGGGUCCUGACAGAGCCUGUUAACUUAGAAGGAGAUGACGCGAGCCUUAUUCAUGGAAAGAUAUCAAGUGAGAUGUCAUCUCCAAAUUUUGGUAAAAAUAUUUAUCGAAAACAGAGUGGAUCACCAACUCUGGAUACUGCUCCCAAUGGACGGUAUGGAAUAGGGUACUUGAUGGCAGAUAUGCCAGAUAUGCCAGAAUCUGACUUGUAGCUGGGGGAAGAAAUCAGCAUGUUUUCUUUGGUUCAUUUUUAUCAUUGAACAUUGGCUCUUUUAAGAGAAGCAUUAGGCUUCGCUUAUCAGAGGGCGAUCUCAGGUGUUCCAUGGCUGUGACCUUUAAUCCUGACAGUAUAUGUACAUUCAACUAGAGCAUUCGUUUGGAUUCUUUACUUUACAUUUCCGCUGAAAGGAUUACAAACAGCUUCCCAUGACUGAGGUCCAUGUUUUGUCAGAAUUUUUUAAAAAUAAUUUCAGUGUAUUUUCAAGUAUUUCUAUCUCUAAAAAACAGGUGUUACCUCAGUUUCUAAUAAUUUCUGGAUUUAGUAGUAUUAGCAAUUCAAAAAUGGUAUACCUUAAAAUUUAUGAGUUUACCUUCUGGGUAACUCCCAGUAUUACAGCGAGCAGUUCUGUAAGUUCGUGCCUCUCAGCACAUUUUCAUGAAUAUAUUGUGUAGAUAGGCUGUAUUUACUUGUUAGCAUUGAUACUUUCUUAGGCAGUUAGUGAAGAAAUCUGCAAAAUAUUUUCGUAUGUAGUAGCUAUAUAGAGCAAUAGCAUCAAAGAAUAAGAAGGCACUAAUACUAGGAUGAAAGGUUAGAUUCAGAGUUGACUGGGGAUCAUGUGAGUGACAGCUAUAUGUUUUGUGUAAAAUAUGUGUGUGAAAAUGAUCUAAGAGUAAGUCACUCAGCAGUCUCAAGAAUUAUGCAGAUUUUGCAUUUUUCUAUGCCAUGUGCCUAAAAACCUACUUCAUAUUUAUUGUGGUUCUGAGAUUACUUAUAGUAUAUUUAUAUAAUAUACUUGCAGUGCAUAUAGAUGUAUAUUAGUACUCUAAGUACUGAUUUGAAAACUUGAAGCAAGAUAGCAUUUUAUUUCGUAUCUUUCUGUUUUGCUUCUGUUUUAUGCAAAUAUAAAUCCUUUUUUUAAAGUGAUUGUUAAAAUUGUAUGGCAUUACAUUUUAAUCUAUGAAUAAACAAAGUUUAAAAAUGA